AUGGAUGCUGGUCCCAAUCAACGUCGGUUAGUAACAGCUCUGAACAGAAGACUCCGUGAAUUAGAGAAUGUUGGACGUGGACGUGAACGUGGGCAUGCUCAAGUGCAUGAUGAUGGCAUGCACAUUGCCAUGGAUGAUGAUCCUAUACAUGAUGCACCAGUUAUGGAUGAUGACCCUACUAGUGAUGAUGCUGACAUUGUUGAUGAAGAUAUCCUUACUCAGCCAUUUCCAGGAGAGCUAACUGAUCCAUCAAUCCUUAAAAGUUUUAAAAGUCAUGUUGCUACAGUUAUUUGGAAUGGUGCUGAUGAAAGGGAGGCCUUGAAGUGUCAUAGUCACUCGUCUAAGAUUCUGUCUAGUUUUGUUGAGAGAUGGCAACUGGAGACAAACACCUUCUAUUUGACUGUUGAAGAGAUAACUAUCACAUUAGACGAUGUUGCCACUAUCCUAGGGCUUCCCAUUGUAGACAAAUCUAUUAGUGUUCUUAAGUUGUCAGAAAGGCAAGCCAUUGCAUUAGUAGUUAAUACAUUGGAAAUUGAUGAGCAAAAGGUCAGACAUGAGAUGUCUAGUGUUGGUAGAGCAUACUUGCUAUUUUUGUUGGGUUGUACACUUUUCAAUGACAAGACUGGUAUUAGGGUCCCUGUUGUUUAUUUGAGUUUGUUGUCCGAUUUGACGACUGUAUCUUCAUAUGCUUGGAGUGCUGCUGCAUUGGCAUACUUAUAUAGACAAAUGGGGUACGCUAGCAGGUCUGGCAUGAAACAAAUAGCCGAUUACAUGACACUCCUUGAGGGAUGGAUUUAUGAACACUUUCGCGGAUUCCGACCACACUUGAAUAUGAAUUACACUCGCGACAUGCCACAUGUUUAUUGUUGGACUUCUCGGAGAGAGUCUAGUGAAGAAACACAGUUGCAGGCUUUUCGACAGGAGCUUGAUAGGUUAGGUGUACAUGAUGUUAUUUGGGACCCAUACCAGAAUUGCAGAGAUGUCCAUCCAUGUCACCUAGUUACAUUCUACUACGGUUGUUUAAAGUGUUUGGAAGUAGUUGAACCAUAUCACCCUGAUAGAGUUUUAAGACAGUUUGGUAGAGUGCAGACAAUUCUUAAUCCGCUACUUGGCCUUAUGUGA